AUGGACUUUUCUGGAGUCGCGGAAUCAUCUAGUCUUCUGGCAUACGCAGCCAUUCUUCGUGGGGAAGAAAACUGGUGCGCCUCGCAGGUUCCUGGAAUUGUCCAAGUUUUACUGAGCUUGCAACAAUCAAGGCUACUGCUAGCCCAUCCAUUAGACGCUCUUCCCGGAGACCAACUCGUACUUCAAGCCCAAGGCUCCAAUGGCCUCACCGAGCUGAAGCAAAGUAUUGGGGACUCUACCCAGGCCUUUAUAGCUUUUUACCGGGAAGAUAUUCGUGGAAAGCCAGGGUAUUUAUUGAUAAAUUACCUCCCGCUCACCAUACCAGCUGUCCAGCGCGCAAGAAUCCUUGUGCACUCUCGUCGCCUUGGCACCGUGUUCACGGCGCGGCAAACGACGCUGACAAUAGACAAUCUCGGAAACCUCACCCAGCAUGCGAUUAUCCAAGCGCUCACACACGUAGACACCCCCACCAUCAUCCAAACCGCUCGUAGCCCCUCCGAGUCCUCUGCCUGGAGCACGGACAGAAAUCAACUUCCCUACGAUAUGCCUGACUCCCCCAGUACUUCUACAGAUGAAUCGGUGCGGUCGCCUCCAGCUUCACCCAUCGCGAAGACCGCUGGCAAGAUCUCCAGGUUCCUGGGGCGAGGGAAGAGACAUGGGAGCAUGGACUCUUCGCCGGUGGGCAACGACCCUCCCCCGCCACCUCCGCCUAAAGACGCUGGCGUCUAUUCAUAUCCUUACACACAUACCCGAUUCAUGUCAACGCAGGCGUUGCCAUCACCGACGGGAGCGACCUUUCACAGGGAACGCGUUAACUCGCUAUCUGAGUUUGGCAUCUAUCCACAUGGUAACGAGCACCAACAAUCUACGUUCAUUCCUACACAAUCCUUGCCAUCGAAGUGGGCUGCCAAAGUCACGGUCAAAGACCCGUCGGAGCUGUUGAAGCAACGGCGGGAAGCGCAACGAAUGAAAGCAAUAGAGAUGGAGAGGGCCAGGUCCGAGGAGGCCGAGAUACAGGCUCGUCGAGCGCGACAGAGAGAAGAGGCAAGGCGCUUGGAACGCGAAGAGGAGGAAAGGAAACGACGGGAGAUGGAGGAAGAGAUGCGGCGUAUUCGGGCUGUUAAGCAGCAGAAACUCGAACUGGAGAGGAUAGCGGAAGAAAAGCGGCGGCUUGCUAUGGAGGAGAAGAGGAGGUUGGAGAAAGAGAGACGACUUGAGGAGCAUCGUCGAUUGGAACAAUGGCGAUUGGAGCAAGCAAUCAUGGCGGAAGAGGCCGCUCGAAGACAGUCCGAAACGAAGCGACGGGAGUGGGACGCGAAGUGGCAACGGAUCAAGAUGGUUGAGAAACGAGUGCGAGAUAACUCGAAUAUUGACGAGAAUAUAGUUACUGGCUGGAUUACUCUUCAAACUGCUGAUUCCUUGACCUGGAAGCGCCGGUAUUACAAGUUCUCUCAGAAUUCCGUCGCAUUCUAUCGCGAUCCAAAAGAUAUGAAUAACAAGUCUGACGAAACUGUGCUUCGUGGUCGAGCUCAGGCACUGAGAGAAUGGGAUGAAGGCUUCGACGAGCUGAAGGCUAUUCCUUUCUCAUUCGCUGUGGAGUUCAGCGACGGUGAGGGUCCGUGGUCUAUGUACGCAGAUAGUGAGGAGGAGAAGUUCAAGAUAAUGGGAUUGUUAUACCAUGCAGGUGGAUUGAAGGCUUGA